CGCACACAGGACUAGCAUUACAGCAACACUGCUUUCACACAUGUUCAGCCACUGUCACGAGAGAGUAGUCAGACAGCUGCUGAGCUUUGACAGCUGAUCAGCUAACAUGUCAGAGAGACUGAAAGGCAACAUUCUAGUCACUGGGACAAACAGAGGCAUUGGUUUGGAGCUGGUGAAACAACUGGCAGAGAAGACAGGAGAGGAGUCUCACAUCUACGCCUGCUGCAGAGAGCCAGAGGGAGUCAGGGCUGAGGCCCUGAGAGACCUUGCCACUCAGUAUCCUGGAAAGAUCACUAUAAUCAAACUAGACACGUCAGAUGAGGACAGUAUCUCAGGUGCCGUCCGAGCUGUGAGCAAGCAGAUCGGGGCUGCUGGGUUGAACCUCCUCAUCAACAACGCUGCGAUCAACAAACCGGCCUUGCCUGGGUCGUUGGCUGCCACUGGUAAAAAGGACAUGAUGGAAGUAUACGAAACCAAUGUGGCCGGACCAUUUCUCCUUGUAAAGAUGUUUCUUCCACUCCUCCAGAGAGCAGCAGAGAGGGACACACCUGAAAAGGACAAGGGUGAUAAAAUGUCAUGCAGGAGAUCAGCCAUCAUCAAUAUCUCCACACUCAUCUCAUCCAUAGAGAAAUGUCCAGAAACCUUCCAUAUGGCACAGAUGUAUCCUUAUAGGACCAGCAAGGCAGCCCUGAACAUGCUGACACGCUGUCAAGCUGAGGAAUUCAAGACACACAACAUACUGGUGACCUCAAUCCACCCUGGCUGGGUCCGCACUGAGAUGGGAGGAGAAGAGGCUCCUUUGACCACCCAGGACAGCGUAGUUGGCAUGCUCAGUGUGAUGUCAUCACUCAGCAACAAAGACAGUGGGAUGCUGCUGGACUGGCAGGGCAACAUGAUCCCCUGGUAGCAGUCACCAUGACAACCUCACCAGACCCUCCAGACUAAUGAUUUUGCAUAUAAAGUAUACAGUAUACCAGGGAGAUGCUGUAAUCAUUCCUCCUGUUCAUACUGGCCAUGAAGCAGGUCGUUCGUAGGGGUUCUCUAACUGAUGGGAGACAAAAUGCCUUGUUUUGUCAAAAAUGUAGUUAGACAAAUCACAGUUGUUUUAGUAGACAUUUCUCUCUUUGUGUUCCAUCAGAAAAUAGGAUACGUCCUGGUAGUUGCAUAUACAGUAUGUUUGUUGCCUGGUCACAGCACCCAGCAAUCAACCUACACACAACUGCCAGGAAUAAGAUUUGUCUAACUCAGACUGCAGAAGCCCUUCUAUUUUAUUUAUCACACAUUAUCACAUUUUAUAGUGGCAUUGCUUCAUAGUGAGCAUGGACAGGAGGGAUGAUUAUAGACAAAUAAUCAUUUUAACAUACAUAUGAAUAUGUGACUAUUCUGUGAAGUUAGAGGUAAAGGAUGAGAGUAUAGGAUUCAGUGGCAUCUAGUGGUGAAGUUUCAGAUUGCUACUAACUGAAUACUGUUCACUCUUCCAAGUGUGUAGGAGAAACUAUGGUGCGAAAAAUGUGAAAGGCCCUCUCUCGAGCCAGUGUUUGGUUUGUCCAUUCUGCGCUACUGUAGAAACAUGGCAGUUCAGAAUGGUGUAUUCUGUAGUGACCCGGUCCCUCUGUAGAUAAAACUGCUCAUACUAAGGUAACAAAAACGAUUUUUGUUCUGUUGAUCACUUCUUCUGUGUGAAGAGCUGAUUGUUUAGUCUCAUUCCUGAGGUCCCAGAACAUCUUGUCUUUGAUUGGUUGUUUUUUUCACAGAUUAUCUGUCUCAUAGUGAGUCCAUAUAACAAACUUUGGUUACACACAGGUGUUCAUGAUGAGCCCUUGACAUUUGGCACAAGAUCAAACACCGGAUGUGUUUAUACUUUGGGGGAUAGCCUGGGGCCCGAAACGCACUAACUUUACAUUUUCAAAAGCCAGUACUGAAUAAUAUGACAUCUGCUAGUGCCUUUCAGGGUGGCAGUAGCUCAGGGUCGCUGGUUCAAAUCCCACAGACCACAAUAUGGAGUGUGGACUGGUAGCUGGAGAGGUGCCAGUUUCCCCUCCUGUGCACUGCUGAGGUGCCCUUGAGCAAGCAACCUAACCCCAAGAAACUGCUCACAGGCGCCGCUAAUGUGGCGAGCCCAUCACUCCACCAUCUCUCUCCGUUUGUAUGUCCACAAGUGUGAAGUGUGUAUUUCAGCCUGUGUGUGUGUGUGUGUAAGAAUAAAAAAGAUUGAAAAGAAGAAUUUCCCCAAUAAGGGAUUAAUAAAUUAUAUAUAUAUA